CCCCCCCCCCCCAAAUCCUCUCGCUAGGGUUUCUCCUCUGUCUUCCAGAUCCUCCACCUCCCAAUAUUUACCUCUUCCAGAUGACGAGGCUUAUCACUGAGAUCUGUCAAACGAGCUAACUUCUAAGGGAUUCAAGAAGAGUAUUUAGCUGUUGUGUUCUUGUCUGAGUCCACCAAAGGAAACAGCAACAGUGAGAAAAUGUCAAGCGGUGGAAAUACCCACUGGUGCCAUAGAUGCCAGCGUGCUGUCCGGCUACACGGACGAGACCCUGUAUGUUCUUAUUGUGGAGGAGGUUUUGUUGAACUGCUUGAACUCCCUCAAGCCAGCCCAUUUGGUAUGUUCAGAUCUCACAGGGACGUCGUGGAACGUGAUCCUACUUUUGAUCUCAUGGAUGCUUUCUCCGACUUUAUGAGGAACCGAGAAACCAGAGCAAGAUCCAUCAGCUCUGGUCCUGAGAACUUUCCCGGUCUGGCUCCUCUCUUAAUUUUUGGUGGUCAGGUUCCUUACAGACUAUCUGGAAUCGAAUCCCUCUUCAACGGCGGCUCGCCUGGCAUCGGCAUCGCACGUGGUAACCACACUGGUGACUACUUCUUCGGUCCUGGUCUUGAAGAGCUCUUUGAGCAGCUUUCAGCUGGGACUACUACUCGCAGCGGACCACCACCUGCUCCUAGAUCUUCAAUAGAUGCAUUGCCUACCAUCAAGAUCGCUCAGAGGCAUCUUAGGUCUUCGGACUCCAACUGUGCUGUGUGCAAAGACGAAUUUGAAUUGGGAGCAGAGGCGAAACAGAUGCCUUGUAACCAUAUCUAUCAUUCUGACUGCAUCGUCCCGUGGCUGGUUCAGCAUAACUCAUGCCCGGUCUGUCGCCAAGAGCUGCCGUCAGCUACAAGUAGUCAAAACAGAACCACCACCAGAAACAACAGAAUUAGUAGCAAUGAAAGGAGGAGUCCUUUCUCUUCCUUCUGGCCAUUUCGUUCGUCUGGUUCAACCUCAAACUCUACUCACAACCGCGGAAGCAGCGCAAGUAACGCGGAUGGAACCGAUGAGAACCAUAACUACCAUCAACAGCAACAGUCACAUAUGGGUUACGGUGGGUGGCCUUUUGAUUACUAAAGAUGAAGCUAAAGUAAAAAGACUUUGGUCUCACUAUGUGUUCUAUGCCUUGUGUGCCCUUGAGCUUUCUACUUUUAUCUCUUACUCUUGUCAACAUAAAUAAUGGAGAAGUGUAUCUUUUACUGUAGAUUUUCUGCGUCUGUGUAAAACCGUGUCAUCAUUUUCUAUAUGCUUUAUGUCAAUGUUAUUUGGUGGGUUUGAUAUAAUAUAUCUUCGUAACU